UCCAAAUCACAUCUACUGCUGCCCUUUGGCAACAGUACAAGUCAUUCCUCUGUGUAUCUGCGUGUGGAUGUGUCGAGGUUAUUCAUAUGUGAACCAUUAGGAUGCACCUUAUGAUUGGAGGAGGAACAGGAAAGACGGAGGCUUCACUACAACAGCAGAAGUAUGUUUUGGGGAGGCUACUGUCUCUAAGGAGCCUCUCACUGAGGACAUCAUUUUGUCGAUCCUUGAUGUGAGGUGUUAAAUCAUAAGGAUGAUGAAGAUGCUUCUGGCCCUUUUCCUCCUUAAAUCACUGACGGGUGUGUGUCCCCUAACUUCCAAAGAGAUACAUACAAAGGCAGGUGAGCUUGUGGUGCUUCAGUGCCCUCCUGACAGAGGGUAUAACCAUGUUGAUACCAAACUUGUCUGGACAAGUCACACAACCCAGAAGAUAUAUGUGACCAACAACAUGUCAGCAGUUGAGCUGACUGAGAUGGGUGUGCUGAUUCAUGGAAGGAGCUUUGUCAUCCUCAGUUCGUCUGUGAACCAUCAAGGAAAUUACUCAUGCUCUUUGAGAAAUGCCAGCAGCCAGUUCUGGUUCACACUGACCACAGUAAAGUCCAAAGAGUAUGAAGAGAUGACCACAUACUCUAAGUCAUGUUACACUCAAGAGUCUUGCAAGUUGAAUUGCCCUGAUGUGAAGAUCCCUCCAAAUAUUACCAGAAAUGGCUUCACAUGGCACAAGGAGGGUGAAGCAAAAGACGGUUACUUCCAAACUGUUGAAGAGAAAGACAAGGGUGUCUACACCUGUACUAGAUCUUACCUGUAUCUUGGUCAAAUCUAUAAUAAGACCUUUAGAGUGGAACUUCAACUCAAACCAAAGAAAUUUGACAAAGCCGCAGUCAUCAUUUUACCAAAAAACAACAAAGUGGUUCCCAUAGAUUUGGGCUCAAAGGUGGAGAUUGAAUGUAAAGCUGUUACAUAUUCAGACUUUGACGGCGUGUUCUGGAUUAGUGGGGGAUCAGUAAUGUUCAAAAAUCCCAGUUUACCAGUUUACUACAAAACCACACGGGAAAAAAAUGCAGAAAAAAUAAAGCUGACAGCAUCUCUGGUCUUCAAAAAAGUGUCAGAGGAGGAUCUAUCAAAAAAUUAUACCUGUAAACUGGAAUCUGUCUCCAACAACCUCCCAAGCUUCGUUACUAUCACUUUGGUCCAGAAAACUCGCCCUUCUUACAUUUUCCUGUGUCCCAGCAUUGUGGCCAUUGUGGUGGUAAUGGUUGUGACAGUAAUUAUCUAUGUGAAGUUGAAAAUUGACAUCACUCUUUUCUUAAGAGACACUCUUGGCUGCUAUGGACGCACCUCAGAUGGAAAAAUCUACGAUGCCUUUGUGAUGUGUUAUAAGAGCGACACAGAUGCAGGAGUAAAUGCUGAUGACAGAAAAUGGCUGGAGAGUGUUUUGGAAGAGAAGUUUGGCUACAGUCUCUGUCUUUAUGAUCGUGACGUUUUACCAGGGAAAGCUACAGCGGCAGCAGUGUUAGACUGCAUAGAGCAGAGCCGGACGGUGGUUUUGGUCCCCACCUCUCCAGAUCCUGGUCCAGGGUGUGACCAGCUGAGAGCCAUCCAUGCAGCUCUUGUGGAGAGGCAGACUCGCUUAAUUUUCAUAAAAACUGAGACAACACAAGAUUCAACAUCAGGUUCCUUAGCUGAGGCCUUACAAUUUUUUAGCAAGGCUGGAGUCUGCAUCACCUGGAAGGGCUUAAGCUCCAGGUCUUCCUCUUCCUCCUUCUGGAAACAGCUGCGCUAUUACCUACCUGCCAUGAAGCAUACACCGAAAAUAAGGCCUUCACCACAGACAGCUGCCCAGGAUAACUGUUAUGCUUAGCAAAGAAAGUCUGAAUGAAUAGAUCAUAUCAAUGCCUUUACUCUAUGACAUAAGUAUAUAUUCAGGUAAAGUUACUAACUAUUUACAAUGGGGUUCAAUGGGGAAUCGGGAAUAAGAAAGAGUCUGAUGUGUUAUUGUCAUUAUAUAGCUAUGUUUUAAAUGGGUAUAGCCUACUUUUUAUUUACCUAUAUUACCAGGAUGAUAUACUGUUAAAUGCACUUUUGAAAAUUAUGUUGUACCAGUUCUGUAUUAUUUUAAACAUCAACAUUAACAUUAACAUUAAUUCAUAUUUUUAUUUUAUUAUUUUAUUAUUUUAUUGUUUAUUCUAAAUUAGUACGUGUAAAAGUAUUUGUACGUGUGAAAGGGUUAGCUCAUUUAGCCUUUUAUAGUAUAUUUUUUUUACUUUACAUUUUGCAAAUUUAAUGUAUAUGGUUCACAGACACAUGUUCUCUUCAACUCCCCGAGGGCAGGCAAGGCAUUUCCAGCAAAUAAGCUCUGAUAAAUCUCUGAUAAAUCCACCAAACACUGCAUACUCAUCACCAAAUAGCAACAGUGACGGUUGAAGAAAGCAUAACAUUUGUCAACCAAGGACCCAAACAUUUUCCCUAAGACUUGGUGAAAACCACAAAUAAAUCAAAAGACCAGUGAAUAUUAGACUUCUAUUCAUAACGUGACAGGAAACACAUUGUUGCUCCAUGUUUCCUGUUAUGAUAGGCCAGUGUUUACUCAUUAAAUGUAAUUGAACAUGAUGAUGAGCUUAUGUAAUGUUUUUCCGCCACCUACUGGAAGAAAAAGCAAUAAAUGCAGUUUCAGAAGCUUGAAACAGUCCAAACUGUUGUCAAGGAGGGUUAGUGACAGUUAAACAUA